CACUCAUCGUAAUUCUUUUUAACGAUUCACUCAUGUCAUUCAAUGAAGUUUACUUACACAACACAAACAAGUGCAUUUAGUUUUUUCAUUCCGUAGGUACCGUUGUUACGUAGGUAGUGGUUAGUUUAGUUGUAGCUAAAACGUAGUGGUUAUAUUUUUAUAUUCUCUUUGGUUGUAGCUAUCUGUACGUACAAUAGCAAGGUACUCAAUCCGUGCGCCAAGAAGAUAGACAAAAAUAAAUCAUGACUGAGAAAGUAACCAAGAAGACGAAAAGAUCAGAACCUUCAGGUAUUGGAAAACUCUACCUUAUAACAUAUAAUGGAAUACAAACUAUCGGUUGGACAUAUUUGCUGUUAAGUUCUGCUAUACAUUUUUUGAAUAGAGGAACAUUGGACACUUUUUGGCCAGAAAUCAAAACCACAGUUAUCAUAUUUCAGAAUGCUGCUGUUUUAGAGAUUCUCCAUGCUGCCAUAGGAUUGGUACCUUCGGGAGUGUUCAUAGUGCUGGUGCAAGUCUACUCUCGCGUGUUCGUGGUGUGCGGCAUCUUACUGUCUGCACACGGCUCUACAGUCAGUCCCGGCCUGCCGCUUUGUAUACUGGCGUGGUCCGUCACUGAAAUUAUACGAUACGCAUACUACACGCUGAAUCUUAUCGGCGCAGUCCCACAGCCGUUAUUAUUCCUUAGGUAUUCCACGUUCAUAAUAUUAUACCCUAUUGGAAUAACAGGCGAGCUGUUAUGUAUGUACCAUUCUUUGGAAGAGGUCGCGGAAAAGAAUUUGUAUACAAUUUCUUUUCCAAAUGCGUGGAAUUUUAUUUUCAACUAUUAUUAUUUCAUCGUCGCCAUUAUGAGUUUGUACAUUCCCUUAUUCCCUGUUCUUUAUGGUCAUAUGUUGGCUCAAAGAAAGAAAAUGUUAUCUAAGAAGAAAGAAGACUAAUUUGUAGCUUGUGCUAUAAUAAAACAUUUAUUUUUAAUAGGUUAUUUAAAGAAGUUUAUCCGAGUAAGAACAAUAUAUUUUUGUUUGUUAAAAUAAUACAAAGAUUAAUAUGGUUAUGGUCAACUUGUCAUAUUGAUAAGUAAGUAUGACGCUCUCUUUGUCAGAGCAUAAAAAUAUUUGCUAUUAAUAUAAAUGCAAAUAGUUGCAUUUUAUGUAACGCUACUUGCAAAUAUCAUUUAUUUGUUGUGCUUUUGAAUGUUUUUUCACAUUGUUUUUUUCUUUUUAUUUAAUGGCGCAUAAGUAUAGUUCAGAGUUAUUUAAUACUUUUAUAAGGCAAUAUUGAAUGUAUUACGAGAGAUACCGAAUAUUAUUGUUUGUCCAUAUAUAAAGUUAAUGUGUUUGCGGCAAUAUUGAGUUAUAUGACAAAAGUCAGUUGUGUAUGUUAUAAACUUGACGCAAAUUAAGUACACUAGGUUAGGCUAGAAAUAAGUGGUUAGGUAUUUAAUAGUUUUUAUAAAUAUUUAGUGUAGAUCACGUAGAUAAGUCAAUGAAUUUCUUGGAAUAUGUAUCUCAAUGUCUUUUCCUCCCUUAUCCUAUGUUAUUCUGUUUCUUUUAAUUAUUUUUCUUGUUGAUAAUUUUAUUCAUUGGGUAAUUUGAAUAUUUAAUUAUUUAAUAUUAUUUGGGAAUUGGUAUUAAGAAAAACAAGUAAAAAAUAUUUUUAUUA